GCUGUUCAAUCUGAGAGCCAUUUCUGAAACUGGGUGCAGCUAAAGGCAGUCUGACAUAAUUAAAGCUGUUAAUUAGAGGUAAAACAGAAGAGGGUUAGCGGGAGAAAAGUCGUGACACACCAGCAGGGACCAGUGUCAUUUCUCACAGACGCUUUUUCAGCACGGCCGAACCGCAGCAGCUUCAACGUGUGACAGUGCUGUUUGGUAACGGACUCUGAGCGGCUGACUGGCAGGUGAACAGCCCCUCCAGUGGCCACGAAGAAGACUGACUCAGUCCUGAGCAUUUCUCCAUGGAAACCAGCAUCAACAAUGAGCUGAAGUUGUCGUCUGCAGCUGACUGGGAGCAACACAAGAGCUGCAGUGUUAGGAUGACAUCUCAGCCAACGCUGGCCUCUGAGGCUGCACUGAUUCCACUGUUCCAGGGCAAACGGAGAUGCAACGUUACUUUUGUUCUGGACAGCUCAGAGAACAUGAGAGCUGUUCUGGGGUCAGUGAAACGCCUGCUGAUCCAGACCCUGCUGGCCAAAGCUUCUCUCAGGGACUCACUCUUCAACAUCAUGACUUUUUCCAGCAAGGUGCACUGUUGGUCCCACCACAUGCUUCCCUGUACUCCAGACACAGUGUACACAGCUCUGUCCUGGAUUCACUCCAUCAGCUGCAGCCCCGGCAGGAAUCUCCUGGCUGCCCUGACCGUGGCUCUCGCUGACCCCUUCUGUCAGACUGUCCACUUGCUCUGCUCUGACCUCCCUGACCAGCCAGAGGCCCUGCUAAGAGUCCUGCCUGCCCUGGCUGCUGGGAGGCCUGUGAACAUCUUCUAUCUGCAGGACUCAGGCAGGCAGCUGGACAGGAACAGCAGAGACUACCUGCAGACUCUGACCCAGACCACAAGAGGGAGCUGUUAUCUAAUUCCAUUUGGUUUGAAUGGAGUGUUGGACAAGGUGAUUCCUCUGCAUGUUGCAGAGAGCCAGUCAUCAAUGCAUACCGUGCCUUCAGCUCAGUGUUGCUGGUGUCACCACACAUCUUCACCCUUUCUCAGGUGUAGUCUGGGUAAUCUGCACCGUCCAGUUGCCUCCUGCAUGCUACCUGGUCAAACUCUGGCUGGUCCAGAGUUCUUCCCAGGAUGCAGGGUGUUGGCCAGGAGAGAGGCUGAUGGUCUGUACUAUCUGGGCACCGUGGUACAGCAGGUACAGGGCCGCAAGGGAGUUUGGGUCGUCGAGUUUGACCAUCCAGGAAGUGCUAGGGCAGGUGUCGUCUCCUCCAAACGGCAACUGGUUUGCUCACCUGACAUGGUCAAAGACAGCAGAGCUCAUUCACACUGUCUCCUCCCUGGCGAUGCUGUCCUGUCACCAUGGGAACCAGAUCUGAGGAGAUUUGGUCCAGGACAAGUGAUGGCAGCCACUGAGGGCAGAGAUGGUUUUACAGCUGAUGCUGUUACAAGCCUCCGGGUGCUGAUGUGGAACAGUUAUGUGUCUCUGGUUCCUGACAGCCUGGUUUUGCCUGUUUCAGCUUCUCAGCAUGACAGAAUAGUCAGGGAGCUCCAAAUCCUCACACCAGCUCCAAGUCCAUGCUGCAGCUGGCUUUGUACCCACAGCUCCUCCUGCGCUCCUCAGAUGUUCUGCACUGACAGCUGCCAGUCAGCAUCUACGUCUUGCAGCUGUUCAGUCACAAACUGCAGGACCAGUCUUGGAGGAACAGAUGGGUUUGACAGGGCAGAGCAAGUUAAUGAGAUGGACCUCAGAAAUGCAGAUAUGAGGAUCAACGACUCUGAGGUUCCAUCCUCUUCUUCUUCUUCUUCUCUUUCUCUUUCUGAGGAUGGGACCAGAGCAUCAGUUUCUCCUGCAGUGAAGCUGAGGAGUAAACAACAGCGUCCUCCCUGGAGGUACUGGAGAAGAACUGGACCAGAACCACAGCACAGACAGCCAGAGAGUGCAGCCCCCAGGACGUCAUCACAGCCUGUCAGGUUCAGCUUCCCUGUCCCACAGAUCAGCGCCUCUCCAAAUCACAGCUCCCUGUUUCAGUCACUUCCUGGUACUAAAGGAAGACGAGCGAACAUCAAAGAUGUUUUUGGAAUGUCAAACUUCAAGCCUCGACCGCCAGCGAGACUGCAAUCUUUCUCUGGCCACAGUGCCUCGGCUGUUUACACAUAAGUGUCAGUGUAUGUUUGGUAAAUUUGUUGGUAAAAGAACAAGCAUAAAAUGGAUAAAAAGUACAUUUAUUUUAUAUACUGAAGCGGUAUUAGUGCAGGUAAAAAUCACUCGAAAGCGCGUUACAUGAUGCUCUACAGCAAAAUUUCAAAAAUGCAAUAAAAAUAUGGCUUUUCAA